AUGUCCUACCCAACGACGUUUCGCGAGUGGCUGGCGAAGAUCAUCAGCUUCGACACGACGAGCCGCAACUCGAACUUGCCGAUGGUGCAGUACGUGCGCGAUUACCUGCAGUUUGUUGGUGUUGUGUCGACGUUUGUGUACAACCCAGAGAAGACGCACGCAAACCUCUGGGCAACGCUGCCAGGCGAGAACGGCGUGACCCAGGGCGGCAUCGUGCUGUCGGGGCACACGGACGUUGUGCCAGUGGAUGGGCAGAAGUGGGAUAGCGACCCGUUUACGAUGGUGGAGAAGGACGGCAAGCUGUUUGGCCGCGGAGCCUGCGACAUGAAGGGCUUCCUGGCCGUUGUGCUUGCGCUGACGCCGCAGUUCUUGGCAAUGAAGCGUGUGAAGCCCGUGCACUACGCCUUCUCGUUCGACGAGGAGGUGGGCUGCACAGGUGUGCCGUACCUGAUCGAGCAUCUAAAGGAGCGUGGGUUCAAGGCGGAUGCGUGCCUCAUCGGUGAGCCGACGGACAUGAAAGUUUACGUUGGUUCCAAGGGCUUUGCGCAGUGGAACGUAUCUGUGCAGGGCAAGGCGAUCCACUCGUCGAUGGCGCUGAUGAACACGAGCUGCAAUGCGAUCGAGUACGCUGCGCAGAUCAUCACGAAGGUGCGCGAGAUCGCGAUAGAUCUGCGCAAGAACGGCCCCCAUAACCCCGGCUACGACUGUCCGUUCCCCUGCAUCACGACCGCGCUGGUCAAGGGUGGCAAUGCUGUGAACACUGUGCCUGCACAAUGCGAAUUUGUGGUCACUGUGCGCAUCACGGACAACGAGACACCGAACGACAUCGAGCGGCGCGUGCGUGCGUAUGUGAACGACCACGUUCUACCUGCGAUGCGUGAGGAGUACCCCGAUGCUGAGGUGACAGUCACGCGUCCAGUGACCAUGCCUGCCUUUAACGGUAAAGACGACGCUGCUGUGACGCAGAGGGCCUUGAAGCUCCGGAACGACAAGAAGACGUACAGGACGGGUGGUGGGACGGAGGGUGGUUACUUUGAAGACGUUCUGGGUGUUUCAACGGUGGUUGUGGGUCCGGGUCCUUGCGCAAUGGCGCACCUGCCGAACGAGUACGUGCUUGUGGACCAGAUGGAGAAGAGCACGGCGUUUACGAUGGACAUGGUGCGUCUCUACACGGACCCCAGCUACUGUGGCGCCGGCAAUCUGUAA